UACAAGAUGUUGGGGCUCGACGGCGGCGGCGGAAGGGCGCGACCUGCUCUGCGCAGGUCCAGUAGCCUUAUAUCCUGGCGCUCGCUCAACACCGAUUGUGAAUCGCCGGAGGUCCGAAUGCCGGGCGGUGUGGAGCCCCGUGCGCCGGACCCCGCCGCACUCGCCGCCUACUGGGCCGAGUACGAGGACCUGUGUCGCCAGAUCAGCACCGCGCACCACAAUGAUGAUGACGAUAAUCAUUACGAAGAGGGCGAGCUGGAGACGGAGUGGUUGCAGGCGGCGGGGCUGGGCUCGUUGGCUGCGCCGGCGCGCGUUGGCCUAGAGGUGACAGAGGCGCAGCUGGGCGAUGCAGUGCGCCCGCUGCCGCGCGACCAGGCCGCCGCCGUGCGCCGCCGCGUGCGCCGCCUUAACCGCACUGUACGCCGCAAGCGCGCCGCCUCGCGCGCCCGUAAACCAGACAUCAGAGAUGUCUUCAGAGAUUUAGAGAACUCUAGCGGCAGCGAGCCUCGGUCGCGCAGCGCGACCCCGGACUCGCUGGACUCGCUGCCGAGCGCCGGCUCCGGCUCACCGCCCGCCGAGUGGGCUGAUACGUCGGCGCCCUCAGACUUUGUCGACACAUACCAGGGAGGUGGUCACAGUGCGCUUGGCCGCACGCCGUCGGCGCCGGCGCCACGUCGCGCCCGUCUCUCCCCGCCCGGACAGCACUCUCCGCCCGCCUCGCAGCACUCCCCGCCUGCCCCACACCGCGGACACGAGCUCUUUAAGCCCAACGAUCUGCACUGGGCUGACAUUGCCUCUAACACCGAGGGCAUAGAACUCCUGGGCUACCAAAGAUACGGCACUGUGCAGGGGCCGAGGAUAGGCAAAGAGAGAAUCAACGGUUCCAUCCUCAAGGACAGCGAUCCUUUCGUCAAGAAGCACGCGGUCGUGUCGCGCACCAAGAGUGUGACGAGUGCUGGCGGCGCCGCGCAGCAGCCGCUCAGCUUCGAGCACAAGUUCAACCUCGACCGGCAAGUGCUCAACCAAGAGGAGGAAUGGCCGGAGGAGGGCAGCACAGUGGAUAUCGAGUGCGUGGCGGAACCGACGCUGAAGAAGUUGCAGCCGCUGGUGUGGCUCGAGCUCACCGCUCUCUUCGAUCGCUACUCGCUGCCCUUCCACAAGCGCAAGCCGCACAAGAAGAAGAGGAAAGAAGAGGGUUCGGUGUUCGGGGUGUCUGUGGAGACGCUACUGCGCAAGGACAUGAUUCUGUGGGAAGAGACGUGGAGCUCGGUGCCGAGUGUGCUGCGCGCCGUGUCCGCGGCGCUGGCGCUGCGCUGCGCCGACGAGGGCCUGCUGCGUGUACCCGGCAAUAAACAUAAGGUGGAGGCGCUGUGUCAGCUGGUGGAGCGCGAGUGGUGGUCGGGUCGCGGCACAGUGGAGGCGGCGCUGCGGCGCGCUGCGGGCCACGACCUGGCCGCGGUCUACAAGCGGCUGCUGCGCGAGCUGCCGCAGCCGCCGCUCACACAGGAGCUGAUGCGUCUCUUCUACCACACAUACGCCCUCAGCGGCGGCACUCAGGCGCGCGCGCUCAAUCUGCUCGUACUGCUGCUGCCGGCCGAGCAGCGCGCCACGCUGCGGGCCGUGCUGCGCCUCGUGCGCGCCGUCGCCGCUCGCGCUGACCGCAACAAGAUGAGCGAACACAACGUCGCCAUGAUCAUUGCGCCCACGCUCUUCCCGCCCAGUCUACUGAUCAAGCCGACGGACAGCCUGGAGACGCAGGUGGCGACGGCGGCCAACAGCUGCGUGGUGACGGAGGCGCUGAUGCGUUGGGCGGACUCGCUGUGGCUGGUGCCGGCCUCGCUGCUGGCGGCGGCGCAGCGCAAGCCGCGUGCACGACUUCAGCACACCUGA